AUGCCGGAGAAUUACCCCAUCGGAACCCGCAAAGAGAGUGAAGCUCUCGUUAGCGAGUGGGGGUUUAAACAUGUAUUCACCUGGUCUGAUGGAAGCAAUGCACAUUAUCCACCACACUCCCACAACGGCCUAACAACACAUCUCAUCCGCCGCGGCACGUUCACAGUCACGUACCCCGAAGACAAGGUGAACGGGGAAGCAAAGAAAGAGACAUUUGGUGCUGGGGCGCGAAUUGAUGUUCCUGCUGGGAAGGUUCAUGAAGUUUGGAUUGGGGAUGAGGGGUGUGAAUAUGUCAUUGGGGAGUGA